AUGGCGAGACUGCAGAAAUUUAAGCUCUUCGCAACCCAAUGCACCGUAGCAGGAAGCCCAGCGCGAAGCCCAACAGCAAGCCCAGUCAUUCACCUCCGCCGCCGGAAGACUCUAAGAAUGCUCCUCAGUCGUAAUUGCACCAACGGUCGGAGGUUGCCCCGCCGUGACGAUGAUUCGACUGAUCUGCGGGGAGAUUCGUCGGAGAAGGUGAAGGAAUUAGUUGUGAGCCACAAGCUUAAGGACUUGUUUGUGUCUUCGCUACCAUUUGAAGAGAGGGCCUCGAAGAAAGAAAUAGACAUGGGGGAGGGUUUUUCAACGGUAACCGCCUGUGCCGGUGGCGUGAGUGGUGGUGGCGGUGUCUUGGGUUUGCGGCGCGUUGGGAAUCGUUCUCUCGGGCCGUUAUCGGGGACGUUUAGGCAACGGUUACUCAGAAAAGCAUGGCGACCUGUACUAGUUACCAUUCCCGAGUAA